UGGAUACAACACCUAGGAUACCCAUACAUCCUAUAAGUAUGCCUAUUUCACAUUUUAAAACUACAAAUAUUACUACAGAUAACAUGGAGUUAAACAUGGAUAUAACCACAAAAGAAUUGAUCAGUGCCGGAAAUGAGAAUAGCACAUAUGCCUACCAUACAGAUUCAGAUCUGGAUCUUCAAAAAAAUGCAGCAGGUCAACCAAGGGGUGGCUAUUUAGAUGAGCAGGAUGGCGUUUACUUUUUCGGGAAUCAGUCGGAUUUUACACUUGACCACAAACCAGGAGACUCCUUAUUUGUGAUAACCACUGAAAUUGAAAACAAAGAUGUCGUUUUAAAGGUUUUCCAGGAAGACCUUGUCCAGUCAGUCAGAGAUAAAAUUAUGGAGCGCAUGAUUUAUUUCCCAGGUGGAGGGAACUCCCUAAUUCUUAAGGAAUUCAGAUGGAUAAAUGUCAACCGAGUUAAACUGACCUUUUGGCUACAACUAAAUCAAGGAGGAAAAGGAAUGAUUCACUUCCUAAAAUCUCAACUAAAAGCACUAGAAAAUUAUCCCUUUGGGUCAUCCAGUGCGACACUAAUAUCUUUCACAGUUGAAGAUGUGAAUGAAUGCCAUCUUGGGAUACAUAAAUGCCAUAUUAAUGCUGUUUGUGACAAUAGGAUUGGAUCUUAUUCUUGUACUUGUAUGGAUGGAUAUGAGGACCACUCUGCCACUGUUGCAGGGACUAUUUGUAUCUAUUCCAAGCUUGCAGAGAUCCAUUCUCUUUCAGAACACAUGGAAAUUCUCAUUGGUGCUAUCGUCACUGUCGCUGUCACAUUAUUGCUUAUUAUCAUCAUUCUUUGUGUGGUGAAACAUAAGAGACAAGUCAAAGUGGACUUCAGCCUGCAAGACCCAUCAAUAAUAGAGCAUGGAGCACAUUUAGGAGGUGAUCGUCAUGGUAAAUUUGGUCAACCACUUUCCAGUCAAGCCAGGCAUUUACCACCCCGACAUGGCAGGGAGCACCAUACUGCCAGGGAUACAGCGAGCACACUUGAGCUAACAAGAAUAACUGUUGAGCAAGCAUCAUGCUAAUAACUAUAUUGUAUGCCUCUGAAUAAAGUAUAGAAAUAAAAAAACAAUAAGUAAAAAAUAAACAUUUAAUAAACG